CUGACUCUGAAGCCAAACACACCCAGAUACUGGGCUUCACUGGAGAUUGUGCUGCGUGCCUCGAAGCUUCAGUGUCAUAUGAAGCACUACUUUUGUGGGUAGCUAUUUAGAGGUUUUGUUAACAGUCGUUGCUGUCCAUCGAUUGGGUGAGAUGUAGAAACUAACAAUGAGUAAUAUCCAUCGAAUUCAGAUUUUGCUGGUAUCUAAUAUGAAGAGCACUUUCAAAUUCUUUGAAGUUUUACUGCUAAUGUGCGGUAAGUGCGCGAUUUCUGUUUAACUUUUUCGGUUUCACUUUGACACUGGAAACUGUGCUCUUUGGAUGAUGUUCUUUCAUUCCUUAAGUUCAUUACCUUAUUAACAGAGAUCGCAUUCAUCCAUGAAUUUGGACCACUUUGUUAGACGCUCGUUUUAAUAAUCCUUAUUUGAAGGUGCAGGUAAAUGUAUGUUAUGUAAGAAUAAAUUAAUCGAAACCAGGUAAAGCAGUUUAUGCUUUCCGAGCAUGCGAUUCUGAAGCAAAACUAUAAAUAAAGAUGAGGUAAUGGGCUUCAGUUGCCCCCCAGGCAGGGUGGGAAAUUAACACACCACCAGCCUGGCAGUAGCUGAUAAUUUUGUCUUAUCUGUAGGCCACAGUGGUGGACUCUUAAACAGCCCUUAAUAAAUAAAUAAAUAAUAAACACGCACACUUGAUUAAUACUCUGCAUUUCAUUUAGAUUUCAAAGUGUUAUUUAAGUUUUGUUUAAAUUUAAAUAAAACCUAUUUUUGUGCGCUUAUUAGUAACAUUAAUGAAUGACAGACAUACUUCUUAACGUUAAGUUUUCUUUCCUGGUAUGCAAACAGAACUUUGAAGAUUUUUUACACAGCUCUUUUCCAUACAGCAAUAACUUGAAUAAGCUGAAAUGUACCUAUUCAUAAAAAUCAGUCUAUAUAAUGGUGUCAGAAGACUGUGGACUGUCUUUGCUUCCUUUGUAUUUGUCCUUUUUGGAUCCUGUCUCCUGUCAUUUUAUAAAAUGGAGCUUCAGGUUUGGAACGGAGUGGAUAAAUUCUUAUGUUUAUGAAACACACUAGUCAGCUACAAAUUUCUUGUUUAAAUGUUGUGACGCAACUCCCUGAUGUAUUUUAAUACGUGACACUCUUCUGAAAGUGAAAAUCACCAGUUUUAUGUUCAAGUGUACGUCUGAAGAUGUGGGGCCCAAAGGGGUUGCAUCUGGGCUCAUAUUUGGGGCCCAGCCAUAAUUGCCCUCAGUAUGGGGGCCCCAAUUGGGGUAGACAGAUCGGUUAAUGACGGGCUUUAAUGGGCUCCAAAUAGGGCGCAUAUGGGUAACCAUAGAUUUUUUCCAUUACAGCCUGUAAACAUUUGGAAACUUGAUUUCUAAAAAAAAAAAAAAAAAAAAAAAAGAGAAAAAUGCUGUUAAGCUACUGCAAGAUUUUAGCUGGAAUAACUUUUAACUUUUAUUGUUUAUAUAUGAAAACUCUAAAAUAAUGUAAAUGUGAGCUAAAUGUGACUGUUCCACAAUGUGCAUGUGCGAUAAUUGUUUAUGGUUAAUUGAAAAAGAAUGGAAAAACAUUGUUCCCUUUCCAAUAAAGAUCUGUAAAGUUUAUUUGGACUUUACAAAAUUAUCUUUAAAAUACAUUAUCAUGACAUUUCUUUUUUGCUGAGUUUAUUAUAGUUUUGUCAAGUAAACUGUUGUUGUGUAUUACGUUUGAUCUGUUUUAUAUUUUUGUUGUUAGUGUACAUUAAUAUGAUAUUAACAAUAUUAAUUUAAAGAGUUCUCUCUUAUUUAUUUAACGUUGACACAGUAUUUGAAUUCUGUUUCUCGUGACUUUUCCCUCUUUAUAAUUAUAUGUAUUGGCAACAACUAAGCGAUUGUGUACUGAUUUUCAACGUAAUGUCAUCUAAACUGGACUAACUUGGGCAGUCAUGCUAAAAGUGUGUUGUCUUAAUAUUUAAGGUGUUUUGGAAAAAAAGAGAUUACAUUUAAUGUGUGACAGCCUAUAACGACUGCAAUCUUGUAAUUAUUCUUAUUGUUGACCCUGUAAGUAAAAGUCGAGGAGUCGAUUCCAUCAACGUCUACAGCGGGAGUUGAGAAUGAGAGUUAAUGCUAAAAUGAAGCAUUAUGCCCAACUUUUUUCUCGGUCCGCUGUCAAUCCCUCGAACCACUGUGCAGGUGUGUUUGGUGCUGAUGAAGGUGAAGUGAAGCCAGUGUCAGUGAUGGAGGGAGAUUCUGUCACUCUAAACCCUGAUCCUACUAAAAUACAGGGAUUUAAGCUGAUACUAUGGAGGUUUGGAGAUCCAGCCAUUGCUCAAAUCGAUGGAAAAGAGAUCUCAUAUCCCAGUCACAUUGAGAUAUUCAGAGGCAGACUGCAGCUGGAUCAGACUGGAUCUCUGACCAUCAAGAACAUGAGAAUUAAACACUCUGGACUCUAUAAAAUAGAGAUCAUUCAAAGUGCUGGUUCCUCAGAUAUGAAAUUCACAGUUACUGUCUAUGAGUCUCCAUCUGUUAUGGAUGCUGGUGUAGCUGAAAUGAAGCUCAUGUCAGUGAAGGAGGGAGAUCCUGUCAUUCUUCAGACUGACGUUCCUCAACUAACCAGAGAUGAGCUGAUAGUGUGGAGGUCUGGAGAUGAAGGAAAACUCAUAGCUAAACAUGAUACAGAGGCCAAGAGCUCACCAUUAUAUGAUACUGAUGAGAGAUUCAGAGACAGACUGGCGCUGGAUCAGACUGGAUCUCUGAUCAUCACAAACACCAGAACCACAGACUCUGGACUUUAUAAAGUGAAGAUCAACAGCAACAAACAGACCUUAAACCAGAAAUACAUUGUUACUGUCAGUGUAUCAGAUCUGUCUCCAGGUGUUGUAGCAGGGAUUGUUAUUGUUGUUGUCGUUCCGCUGAUGGCUGCAGCAGCUGCUAGUGUGAUUUACUCUCGCCACAAUAUCGCUAAAACACCGGAGGCAGUGUCAGAGAUGGAGGGAGACGAAGUCAAACUAAACACUGGUGUUACUAAACUACAGACAGGUGACUUGAUAAAGUGGCAUUCUGGAAAUAAAGACAAUAUCAUAGCUCGAAUCAUCGGAGGGACCGGUGAGAUCACAACAUAUGAUGAUGUUCUUCAUGGGAUAUUCAGAGGCAGACUGAAGCUGGACAAGAAGACUGGAUCUCUGACCAUCACAAACACCAGAAUUGAACACACUGGACCCUAUAAGUUACUGAUCAACGAGAAAUACAAGAAGAAAUUUAUUGUUUAUAUCAGAGGGAAGUCACUGUCAGAGAAGAAGGGAAAUAAAGUAAAACUAAAGACUAAUACUGAAAUACAGACAGCUGAUGAGAUACGGUGGCUGUUUGGAUCUGAAGACGCUCUCAUAGCUGAAAUCAAAGCAGAGACCAGAGAGAUCUCUAUAUAUGAAGAUGUUCCUGAUGGGAGAUUCAAAGACAGACUGGAGCUGGACAAAGUGACUGGAUCACUGACCAUCAAAAACCUCACAGCUGAUCAUGAUGGACUCUAUAAACUCCUGAUCCUCAGCAGAGGAAGGACUUCUUGCAGAAAAUUCUUUGUUUAUGUCGAAGAUACCGCAGUGAAUGAAUCAGUACCUGCAGAGAUACCGCUGUUGAAUGGAGAGGAUGUGGAGUGAAUGAGGAGGAGGGGACGAGUUCACUUUAAUAACAUAAGACCCGCCCACAAGUGUCAAUCACUCUGACGUCAUCAUUUCAGCUCCAGCUACAACAACAAUUAUAUAUUAUAUUGUAUUAUUUACUAUAUUACAUAAAUUAAAUGUGUUAUCCAGUCUAAUGUAAAUAAUUAAAUUAAUUUAAAUUAAAUAUGUUAUCCAAAGAUAUGUUCAUGUUAAUGUUUCUCAUCCUCUAAUCAGAUCUGAAUGUCAGAUUGUAUAUGCAACCCGAAUAGUGUCUUUGUAUUCAUGCUGAAGCUUGAAUAUGUUGUUUUAUUCAUUUUCACUAAAGCUUGAUGAA